CGGAAUAAGGGUUACGCCAAACGAGGGCAGGAAUCCCACAAUAGCAGGCGGAGGAUUUUUUUUUUCUUCUUCUUCUUUUUUUUUUCUCUCUCUCUCUCUAAGCGGAGCUGAGUUGGUUUGCCGUUGCAAUCACAGGGAAGGCAGCGGGGAAGGAGGCUCUGCGGGGAGAUGUAAGAUGGCAGAGCUACAAAUGUUGUUAGAGGAUGAAAUUCCUGCCGGUAAAAGAGCGCUCGUGGAGAGUUACCAAAACCUUACCAGAGUAGCGGACUACUGCGAAAACAACUAUGUUCAGGCCCAGGACAAGAGGAAAGCUCUGGAGGAGACCAAAGCCUACACCACCCAGUCGCUGGCCAGCGUGGCCUACCAGAUCAAUGCCUUAGCCAACAAUGUACUGCAGCUGCUGGACAUCCAGGCCUCGCAGCUGCGGCGCAUGGAGUCCUCCAUCAACCACAUCUCCCAGACGGUGGACAUCCAUAAAGAGAAGGUGGCCCGGCGGGAGAUCGGGAUCCUGACCACCAACAAGAACACCUCGAGGACCCAUAAGAUCAUCGCGCCCGCUAACAUGGAGCGGCCCGUCCGGUACAUCAGGAAGCCCGUGGACUACAAUGUACUGGACGACGUCGGCCACGGCGUCAAGUGGCUAAAAGCCAAGCAGCAUGGAAACAAUCAGGCGAUCAGAGGAGGAACUCUAUCGAGGACCAACCCGCCGACGCAGAAGCCGCCGAGCCCUCCCAUGUCGGGGCGCGGCACGCUCGGACGCAACACGUCCUACAAGACCCUGGAGCCGGUGAAGCCGCCCACGGUGCCCAACGACUACAUGACCAGCCCCGCCCGACUGGGCGCCCAGCACGGCCAGCAGCACAGCCCCGGACGCACGGCGUCACUCAACCAGAGGCAACGCACACACAGCGGAAGCAGCGGGGGUAGCAGCAGCCGGGAGAACAGCGGCAGCAGCGCUAUUGGCAUUCCCAUCGCCGUGCCUACGCCCUCCAUCCCCAACUCUGGACCAGUCCCGUCCAUGUCUACUCCCCCGGGAGCCCCUCCGCCACCCCCACCCCCACCACCUCCGAUGGCCGGGCUCGGCCCCCCUCCACCACCUCCACCACCACCACCUAUAGUGGUGGCCCCUGGUCCUGGUCUGGGCCCCGCUCCAAUGUCCCAGUUUGGAACCAUCUCGCGGCAGAUUUCGCGGCACAACCCCUCCAACUCCUCCGUGUCUAUGGUUUCGGCCACGGGCACCUACCGCCGGGCGCCGUCGGUCACUUCCCAGUUCUCCUUGCAGCAGCAGCAGCAGCUCCAGCAGCAGCAGCUCCAGCUCCAGCAGCAGCAGCUCCAGCAGCAGCAGCUCCAGCUCCAGCAGCCUCAUAUCAAUGGAGGCACUCCUGGCUACGGCCAGAACUCAAUGUCUGUCGCUCCUCCUCCCCCCAUGCCCCAGCUGACUCCACAGAUACCUCUGACUGGCUUUGUGGCCAGGAUGCAGGAGAGCAUUGCAGACACUCCCACUCCGCCUCCGCCGCCGCCUCCGGAUGACAUUCCCAUGUUCGACGACUCCCCGCCGCCCCCGCCGCCGCCUCCGGUGGACUACGAGGAGGAGGACGCGGCCGUGGUGCAGUACAGCGACCCUUACGCCGACGGAGACCCACAGUGGGCGCCCAAGAGCUACGUGGAGAAAGUGGUGGCCAUCUACGACUACAACCAGGACAAGGACGACGAGCUGAGCUUCAUGGAGGGGUCCAUCAUCUACGUCAUCAAGAAGAACGACGACGGUUGGUACGAGGGCGUGUCCGGCGGCGUCACCGGGCUGUUCCCUGGCAACUACGUGGAGUCCAUCAUGCACUACGCCGACUGAGGGGGGUCGUAAACAGUCAUAACCGUCACCCACUGAGAGACUGACCGCCGCCAUUGUUGACUCCUGAGACGCGACUGUAUGAUCCCCUCUUUCUUUUUUUAUAUGACAGAAUGUUCUUUCCCUUACCGAUUGCAAAUAAAAUGAAAAGUAAUAUCUAUUUA